CUGAGUCCUUAAAGUUGCAUAAGAAAUUUAAUGGAUUUGGAGGAUUCUCAGAGAAAUAAUAAAUCCAGUGAUUAUACGACGUUGGCCAAUCAAUGGCUGCGAAGAAGGCAGUCGAACGUUGCGCAUACGCCGGAUACUGCGUUACUGUUGAAAUAUUCGAAUUCGCUGCAUGCCGGCAUUUGUCCCCGCCUUUACGUCGUCAUGUCAGCCCCCCGGAAGUCGGUGCGUUUGAGUCGGAAGUGUCGUACAUCCCCAACGGCAGCGGUGACGAGCGGAAGCCGUCCAGCAGCGGGGACGAUGGAAGCGGCGGUUACGGCGCGACACUGCCGGCAUUUAUAGAUGCUCGUAAAAGGAAGCCGGCAUGGUUCCAUAUCAACUACAAACUGGUCCCGCUUAAAGUCCUUAUGCUCCUUAUGUACGGAGGCAUCGCGGCGCUGUACCCGUACUUGUCGGUGCACAUGAAGAGCGUGGGCCUGUCCCUGACGGAGUCGGCCAUCAUCUACGGCAUCCUGCCCUUCUUCAGCUGUCUGGGCCCGCUGCUGGGCGGCUUCCUGGCCGACAAGAUCGGCAACUACAAGCUGGUCCUCAUCGGCUUCAACCUCUUCAGCAUCCUCGUCCACCUCCUGCUCUGCUUCGCCGUCCCCUCCGCCGUCUCCCGCAUCCACAUGACCGACUUCCAGCACGUCCGCUUCAACCUCACCCUGCCCUGCGCCGCCGCCCCGGGCCGGCUGCCGGCGCCGCUGGACCGCCCGCUGCUGAGUGACCUUUCGGUGAUGGACCAGGACUGCCUGCCCAACACCACCUCCUGGCCGGGCCCGGACGCCCUGGAGUCGCAGAUCCAGCUGCGGGAAUGCCGUGCCUAUGGCCGUUGCGGAAACGCCAGUAGUCUGUGCGUGGACGCCACCACUUCCGGUUGGCGCCACUGCCUCCCCCUGGCGGACAGCAGCACCGGCGACACUUCCGGUCCGCGCCUGACCAACGCUUUCAUCCAGCGCAUCGCCCGCACCAACGACUGGUGGAUCCAGCAGUUCUCCCUCAACGGCCAGUCCUCCACGCGCCUCGGCUGCCGCGCCGCCGACCACCCGGACUGCGAGGUGCGCUGCGCGGCGGUUGUGGGUCUCCUAGGCAGCUGCCGGGUGCUGACGCCGCCGGCCAACCAUACCCUCGUCUUCGUGCUGUACUUCGCUCUGCGCAUGCUUGCCGGCAUGGUCGGCUCCACGCUGAUGCCGCUGAUGGACGCCGCCGCCUACCAGAUGUCGGAGGAGCACGGAGGUGAUCUGGGAUUUCAGCGGAUGUUCUCGCUGAUCGGCGUGGCCAUCUUCCCGCCGCUGUCGGGGUACCUGGUGGGCGUGGCCUCGCAGUACACCGGCUCGCCCAACUACGCGCCCUCCUUCAUUACCUUCGGCGCCAUGCACUCGGCCGCACUGGUCAUCAGUUGUUUCAUGACGUUGAGUCUGCGCAACGCCGCCGAGAACAUCGUCUCCAACAUGGGCCAGAUGCUGCGCAAUCCCAAGGUCUUCGUCUUCGUCGUCAUGAUGUUCCUGGCGGGAUGCGCGUGGGGAUUUCUGGAAAACUACCUGUUCUGGUUCAUGGAGGACCUGCAGUCGCCGACGUGGGUGCUGGGCAUGACCAACACGGUCGCCUCGGUGGCGGCGCUGCCGGUGGUGGCCGGAAGCACGUGGAUCAUGCGGCACAUGGGCCACACCAAGGUCUUCAUCGGCUGCUUCCUGCUGUACGGCUGCCGCUUCUUCGCCUACAGCUCCACCUACAACCCCUUCCUCAUCCUCCCCGUCGAGAUCCUCGAGGCCUUCACCACCUCCCUGCUGUGGGUGGUCGCCUCCGUGUAUUGCGGCAAAAUUGCGCCCGAUUAUUUGGCCACGUUGCAGGGCGUCAUCGGCAGCGUACAUUACGCGAUGGGUCGCGGCGUGGGCGGCCUGGCCGGGGGCGUGAUGUUUGAGAAGCUGCAGCCGCGGCUGACCUACAUCAUCUGGGGCAGCGGCUGCAUGGUGGUGGGCCUCAUCUACGCCGUCCUGCAUUACGCCUGGUUGAAGCGUGUGCCCAAUCCGCAGCGCACGGAUGCCGACGGCAUGCGGCGUCCGAGCCAGCUGAGUCCGGAAGACGAGAAGAUGCUGCAGCGCUUCGCCAAGAUGGACGCCUUCACGCGUCGCUACACGGCCGCCAACAUCCUGGCCGAGAGCGAGGAGUCGCCGUCCGCCGCGGGUAGAGACUCGCCGCGACGCGGUUCGGACGUCUCGGAGACGGAGAGCCUGCAGAAGGUCAGGGCGGCCGCCGCCGGGCGCCGCAAGAGCACGCUGGUGCCCACCGUGGCCGGCAUGCGUAGCGCCAGACGCUGAGACCGCAGUACUUCCGGUCCACAUUUUAUUCUGUACACAUACUAAAAUGGCAAAAUGGCCAACGCUUGCGGCGUAUAUAUGCGACUAAAGAGUAAUGUGUGCGGUGUUCAUUGGCUAACUGAAUUCUUCGAACAAAGUGACCAAAAGGUCACUGCUGAACCUGUUUGCUUAAA